AUCGGACAUGAGGGAAUUGUGAUGCAUGACAUCCGUAAUGAGCACCGCCAACUGACUAACCGUGAACACCCUAUGGGGCACAGUGAUGGAUCCCCGUCAAACAUCAAACCAUGCCAAAAUGUAGGUGGUAGCCUUGAGGAUCCCAACGACUCCGAUGCUUUCGACAGCGAAGACGAAGUCAUGUCAGACAGCGAGGCACCUGCGAUUGCACAGCAACCCCAGAAAUGCGAAGGCACUUCAUUGCACACCCCUCUUGUUCCUCUCGUUUAUCCCAUAGAACCCUCUAAGCAAGCCUACUUCGUGCCCUUUUAUCCUCAUAUUCCCCAAGGUUCGACUUAUCCCUUUUAUCCUCCCGCCCAAUAUCCUGACUGCGUGGCCCCUCCGUCGGCACUAGGUGGCGCAGAUGAUGGCGAAGUAUCCAGCGUAAGUCAAAGUGCGAGCCAAGUUAUCCCGCGGGGAUCAUCUCCACCCAACGAUGAUAAUCAAGGUGAUUGCUGUCCUUCGACUACUACUACUACCUAUCCCACUUUAGUUGAUCCCACCCAAUCACCACUCCAUUACUACUCCACCGAUCCGACUAAACAGAUGUUGUGAACAUCUCCCGUUUGAAUUUUUACCCACUUUUUCUCUUUUUAUGUUUGCAUUUCUGAGGCACGCUUCACAGAUCUAUUUGCCCCAUACUUUCUGUACAAAAGCACUUUAUCUGUACCACAAAUACUACACUUCAUUCUUCUGUCACACAAUCGUUUGUGGUACUUUGCUGUUUUUCCUAAGUAAGGGGCUGCUGCGGCCACCCGUGAGGUUUCUGUUGGCUGUUGCGAGUUUCCGCGGUGGCAAUCACUGGUGAUGAUACGCUAGACGCACAUCUGUAAACAUGAAUCCAUCUCUUAUCGGCCUUCUCUUAUGGGUAUUCAGUUUGUUGUCUUCAUUUGGUUACAUGUGAAA